AACAUAGAAAAACCCUAAUUUCCGCCGUUUGCUUUCUUUCACAUUAUAGACAUUUAUUUCCUCCCAAUUAUUUUCAUCGUUGGGGAGAAAGAAAAUAGAAAUGGGAAGCGAUAGCGAAGUAGAGAAGACGCAGCAGAAGGAGAAGGAGAGGAAGAAGAUGUUAGCUAUAGCUCCUAUCGCAAAGCCCCUUGCUGGCAAAAAGCUCUCCAAGAAAACCCUUAAGCUCGUCCGAAAAGCAUCUGAGCACAAAUGCUUGAAGAGAGGAGUAAAGGAAGUGGUUAAAAGUAUUCGGCGUGGUCAUAAAGGAUUAUGUGUUAUAGCUGGAAACAUAUCUCCUAUUGAUGUCAUAACUCAUGUUCCGAUCCUAUGUGAAGAGGCUGAAAUUCCAUAUGUCUAUGUUUCUUCAAAAGAAGAUCUUGCAACAGCAGGAGCUACUAAGAGACCAACAUGCUGUGUUUUGGUGCUAACCAAGCCCACCAAAGGUGAACUCGCCAUCGAGGAACAAGAAAAGAUGAAAGCCGAUUAUAGCCAGAUAGUAUCGGAUGUAUCUGAGCUUACAUCAUCCCUUUUCUAAUUAACUCGGAAAAAAAUUUUGAUGUGCUUGUCAUAUAAGCAUUGUUGUUGACAAUCUUAUUUUCCUGCAGCUCAGGUAAUGGUGCUUUGUCUCCGGCAUUUGACUGUCUGUUCAAAACCUUUUGUUUUACUUAUUUUAACCCGCUUCUUUUAAGUGUUUUAUUCAGUGAA